UCCUCCUCCUCCUCCUCUCCAUGCACAGAUCUGUGCAGCUGUGUGCGGGUGGAAUGAGUCAGGAGAAGGAUCGACUCUCUGCUCACAUCAUGGCGCAACUUGCGACUUUGUUAGUGUGUACAUGGAUGUUUUCUCUGUCUGCAGCAGACCAGCAGGUCACAGCGACGCCCACAGGAGACGCCACGCUCCCAUGUCAGGCUCCCGCAGAUACUCCCACUGACCUCAAACUGUUGAAGUGGAGCAGACCUGAUGUGACUUCAGGUUAUGUCUACUUUCACAGAGACGGGCGCUUGUUGAAAGAAUACCAGCACCCGUCCUAUCGUGGUCGCGUGGAGCUGAGCGAUCCAGAGAUGAGGAACAGAGACGUUUCUGUUGUUCUGAGGAACGUCAGCAACAGUGACGCUGGAACAUACGAGUGUCUUGUUUCAAUUAAAUCCGAACAAACAAGCAGACAACACGUGAGGCUGACAGUCACAGAUGAAGGUCACAAAGAAGGAGACGCUCCUGCUGGAAACAAGCGUGCAAGGAUUGGGAAAGUAGGAAGCACAGCUGCUGGAGGAAACAAGAAUGGAUAUGUUGGACUGGCACUCUGUGUAGUAUCAGCACUGGUUUUAUGAUCUUCAUGUAUGUAUACAAAGAUCAUUAAACCAUCGUGGUGUUCCUAAAACCUGUGGGGAGCACUGACUGGAGACGUAACAGGUAACAGAUGUUUGUCAAGACGUCCGACAGCCCGUCUGUGAACACUAAGAGCUCGGCCAGCAGGGACUGUGUCCUCAAACCAGGUUUUAAACCAUGAAACAUGAUCUUUUCCAAACCAUAACCUAACGUUUUUUUGUGCUUAAGGCUAACCACUCGUUAACCACAGCGCUGAAACAUAAAGUUUUGAUAUAUCUGCUACAUGUAGCAUACAAAUGGAACAUGUCCACGGCUGCAGACACAUGUAAUGGCAACGCUUCUUUUGGCUGACACAGACUUGCACUUCCUCCUACAAUAUAAAACAGUCAGUGAAAUAAGGAACCUUUAUUUUAAGAAGCUCAGAUCUAUGCGUGUAUAUAUAUGUGUAUAUAUAUAUGUAUAUAUACCUUCUACCAGAGGCCUGGGAGUUUGAGGGUUGUGCGCAGUGUCUCAGGUGUUCCUUGGGGUCACAGCCCCCAGUGCUCCCAUUAGCUCUGGCACCACUGUUGCCUUUACUCCCCACAUCUUUUUCAGCCCCUCUUUCAGCCCUCGGUGUUUUUCCUUCUUCCUGAUGUUGCUGUCGUCUCUCACCGCCUUCUUCUGUUGUUUGUCCAUCAACAUGAUGUCUGAUUGUGCGCUCCUCCUGCCUGCAUCUUACCCCCUGCUGUUAUGUGCUGAACUGUCUCAGGAGCAUCUCUGCUCAGCCUGCACCUGGGGUCCUGUCUGCUGUGGUAGACGUCUGCUUCUGUUGACCUGGUACUGAGUUCCUGUUCCUGUGCUGCCAUGGUUAGUGCCUCUGUGCCGUCUGUCAGUCCGGCCUCUUCUAAACACUACUAGGACUGUUGAUGGUACAUGGCGUGAUGAUGGUUCAUCCUCCUCUUCUGCUGCCUGAGGUAUUCACUUACAUGUAGCAGCUCAUCUUUGGGCACCAAGUUCCUGAUGUGUUCCUGGAUGUUGGUUGUUUCGUCCUAGACGGGGGCUCUGACACUAACCAGUCCUCGACCCCCCUCGCUACGUUUAGUUUACAACCAGUAAUAUAUUCAGGAAGUAACUGUUUAUAUUUGUUUGGAUUUUAUUUCAUUUUAUUCUGUACUAAUUUAAAUAUUUGUAUUUAUGUAAAUAUAUUUGUAGGGUUUGGUGGAAACAAGGCUUUACAAUUCAAUGUAUAAACCUGUUGUAAGAGCCAGAAUGUUCUUUAUCUAACCAGAUGUUAAUUUUUAUGAACGAUGUGUACGUUAGGCGCUGUUGUGCUGGUAUCUUGGGCGCAGCAUAGGUAGGAAGGUCGCUGUUGCCUUGCCGGGAAAUCAAAAGGUUUUGUUUGUCACACUGUUUGCUUUCAAUGGAAACAAUGGAAAUGAACUUUGUGUCACUGAACAGAGUAAAGAGGAUUGUGAUUCUGCAGUUCACCCUUCAGAGCCUGUACUGAACACACACCACAACAAAAGAUAGCGCACGGCAUCAAACCAAAGCAAGCGCACCAGUCAGGUCACUCCUGACUCAGAUAUCUCAGUGGCUUGAAGUACGAGAUUUACAUCAUGUUGACAUUUUUGUGUUCCUAACUAGCCCCAGCUUGAGUCUGUGGUGCAGGCUCAGACAGGCCAUGAGGCAAUUCAGACUGCAACGAGGUGACCAGUACCAUCUGUGCAUGCGUCAUAAUCUAGAAGAGUGGCUUUCAAACUUUUCAAGCUCAAGGUACAGCAGAGGUCAAGCCAAAAUCUCAAGGCUCACCUGUAUUUAUAUCUGUGCACAACAGCUUCUAUUACGUGUGUUAUCACUCAAAAAACAACACAGGUAGCUUUCAUCAUACUGUCUGCUGACUAUCUUCACCUGUGCUUUGUCUUAAUUUUCUCUGUACAACGAAGCGAUCCAUCGUUCCACUCACAGCUGUCCCCUUUUAAAUGUUAAAAGCAUUAAAUUAAAUCACAUUUUUAGGUAGAGUUUGCUUCUGUAUUAGGAAACGGGUGCACACGACAUACUGAUACAGACAAUUAAACACACAGAGAGGUUUGAAUGUUUCAACGUUAACGACACUUCACAGACACGCUCUGACUUGUAUGUACACUGUAUGUUUGUUACUUUGAACCCUUUCAUAACUUGUUGAGCAUCUGGAAUAAACAGUGAAUCAGCUCUCA